AUCGAGCGCACAGCGACUGGCGACGACGUAAACAAAAUUGAUGUGCAAUACUUUUUCAAUAAAGAAUCUCCAAUACAAUUUGGGCAUAUAUUAAAAUGCUAAGUUUUACAAAACAUCCCCAACGGAAGAAAACCAGCACUGGCGUAGCAUGGCAACGAUAUCGAUCUAACUCCAAUCCAAGUAGCCGGCCAAGCUCAAGCGACAAUCUGAAUAUACAAUAUGGAUAACGAUAACAAGGACGACGACGACGUUGAGGCAGAAAACGCCAACACGGAGAUUGAAUCCGACGCGGAUGUGGAGGACGAGACUGAAUCGGAGCACGAUGGGGUUGAGGCCCCUGAUGCAGAUAGCUGGGAGUCCUUUCAGGCGCACAUUGAUUCGCUCUUGGUCAACGAAAAAUGCGACAAGCCUGUCCGCUUACUGGAUGAGCGCCGGCAAACCAUUGUGCAGCGAAUGCGCCAAAUACAGCGAGAUACACCCAAGGGAUUUGCGGAACGUUCAAUGGCUCAAAUGAGUAAAAUUGAUCAGCAGCUGGAGCUGACCAGCACCCGGUUGGGUCAGCUAGUUCGCUUCGGCAACGAGCUGGUUACCAACAUACGCGUGGCAAAUGAGCGGCGCGAGCUGAACCGGCGGGUGUUUGAGGCCACACAACAAAAAGAUAUGAAGAGGAUUCUGGAGGGCGAGAACAUUGAAGCAAUGGCCAAGUUUGAUGAUAUUAAAGCGCGAUGGACAGAGCUAAAUGAGAUCAAUGAGCCGAUGCUGCUCUGGGAUCAGAUCGAGGAACAAAAGAAGCGCAUCGCCGAAAUAAUGGCACGCAAGGAUGAGAUGAUAGCUGCCUGCCAGCAGGAAAUCGAUCGCAUGAAUGCCAAAUACGAAUUUGAUCGCCAGCGCCAGGCAGCCGAUCUGUGCUGUCUGGUCGAGCGCAUCGACAAUCAAGUGGAGACCCUAAAGGAAUCCUACAAACACCAUCUUGAAUUGUUGCGCAACACUGUUGAAGACGAACGCCAGACGUUCUCGUUGACAGCUGAUGAAAAGUGGCGCAGUUUCUUUAACGCCCUCAAUACCAACUUCGAGGAGAAGUCCAAGCUUGUGCGCGUACGCGAACAGUUUUAUUCGCUGCAGCUGCAACUGCUGCAGGACUCACAGGAUGAGCUAACGAAGCAGACGCGUGUGCGCCUGGAGAAGGAGUGCGAGCGCCUAGAGCUGGAGUUGCGACGCACACGCGACAACGUGCUGAUGAACUCCGAGAAGCUUGACUACAACUACCAGGUGCUGCAGCGGCGCAACGAUGAGAACACAAUUAUAACAAAUCAACAAAAGCGUCGUGUUGCUCGCCUUCAUGAAAUGGUCGCGCGCACCAGGCGGAACUACAAGCAAGUUUUCCACAGUGGCCGCCGCACCAUACUUAAGCUGACCAGUGAGAUCCAGCAACUGCACGGAAGCAUCAGCGAAAUGGAGGCCAAAGCCAUGCACACACGUAAUAUUAACCGCGAGAAGUUUAAUCGCGUAUGGAACAUUAACUACGAGGAGAUCACAGACUUGCUCACACGCAUCUUCGAGAUCGAUCGCAUACUACACGAGCAGCAGCUGGUGAUGCCGUGGAAGAAGCCCAACAUACACAUCGAGAACAUUAACAAGCCGGUGGAGAAGCGACCCAACAAUGCCAUGGAUCGCAUCGAGCGUCGCUUUGGCAAGUUGCCUAAGCAAUACGGCGGAUCUGGAUACACGGCUAUCGAAGACGAGGAGAAACCACGCGGACCCAUAUUGGAGCUGCCGCCAGAAUCUGCACGCCUUAUGCGCAACAUAUUGCGUAAGCUGGCUGAUCGCGGUGGCUUUUUGAUCGAGGAGCGACUGCUGAAGAUCCUCAAGCCGUACACGGAAAAGGAGCAGACAAUGGUGCGCAUCGAUAACAUUUUUGCGGCGUUGCGUAUACGCAAUUUGGACCAUGUUAUGGAGCUGACCAAGGUGUUUGAACCAUAUACAUACUGUCCCACCUGCCAGCCGGCGGGGCUUAGCCCAAUGAAAUGUGCAGAGGUGUUUCUCAAGGACCAAAAGGAGAUGCGUUCACUUAAGCUGGGCGAUGUCAAUAACCUGGAUCAGGCUUUAUUGAAGGGCAAAAACGACGGCAAGACAUUUCUGGUGAAGAGCCAUGCAACUAAAGAUACCUGCCCUAAUCACUAUCUGGUGAUGGAGCCGGCACUCGUGCUACACGCCAUGAAUCUCUUUACAAACCAAAAGCACAAGCAAAUCUAUGGCAGCUCCUCAGAGAGCAGCUUAGAGGCCGAACUAAUUCAAUUCAAUGAUAAGGAAAUCCAAGCGUUCUGGCGCCAAUUCACCAACAUCUUUCCAGACUCAAAGACCCAUCUGUGGAAGACGCUGGAGCAUGGUCUUAACCACUAUGUCGAGGUCCUUAAGAUGCGUGUGCAAUACGAUGCCGAGGUAGUCUUUCUGCGUCGCCAGAACAGGGAACUUCGCCACCUCCUGCAAAAGUUCAAAGUGUAGCCACAAUCUCUCGAUAUCAAAUUAAUAUAUUUUAUCAGUUUACCUUUUGCCAUAGCGGCCAUAAAAUUCAGUUGUAUGAAA